AUGGCAAGAGAUGUCCAAGAAGUCAGCCUUGAAGUUGACCUCUCCCCUUUCUUCCGUACAGAAGUUUCUGAUGGGGUUGAUAAGGGAGAGAUUAAAUCAGAAGUGGUCAAACACUUCCACGAUCUGUUCAAAGAAGACGUCCAUCCACCCACUCCUCUUUUGCAGCCCCUCCUCUCAGUCCUCCCUCGAAUCAUCUCCCCCUCGGACAAUGACCAUCUGAUGCACCCCCCUUCUCAGCAAGAAGUCCACCAGGCAAUCCUCUCCCUCCCCAUUGACGGUGCUGUCAGUCUUGACAGUUUCUCAAGGGCCUUCUUCGUGGGCAGCUGGGAUAUCAUCAGGCAGGACCUCCUCCAAACGGCAAUUCACUUAUUUGAGGGCGGGGACUUUCCCCGGGCCUUCACCACGUCUCUGAUCUGCCUUAUCCAGAAAUGCCCGGUUCUUAAGAGAGAGGCUGUUGGUUUCUUCAAGUCCUCUAGAGGGUUGAGGCAAGGUGACCCCCUCUCGCCUAGCCUGUUUAUCAUCGCUACUGAAAUUCUCAACCGCGGGAUCAAAGUCUUGGUGGAGCGCAGAUCCUAUGACACGCUACUUUUCUUGAAUGAAAGUGUUGCCUCAUUGAACGCUAUCAAGGGGCUUCUUCAGGCCUAUUAG